CCAAUGGAGAAGCGUCUACUCUCCAACAUCCAUUUGGUAACUAUAUGUGCAAUUCUCUUGUUUACCCGAGCCAAGAGCUUUGUAGAGUCAUCAUCAUCAUCAUCCUCUAGCCACUCAAACAAUACGGUCACUAGAUGUAUCGCCGGUGAGAGGUCCGCGCUUGUCGACUUCAAAGCAAGCAUCUCGGACCCUGCAAACCUCCUAUCAUCUUGGAAGGCUGAUGACUGCUGCAAAUGGAAGGGUGUCCAUUGCAGUAGUAGAAACAACCACGUCGUCAAGCUCGAUCUCCCGGGCCAUGGUUGUGACUACAACGACGUUGAUAUGAUGAUGCAAGUGCUAGGAGGCAACAUUAGCUCCUCGUUGCUUGGUCUACAACACCUACAGUAUCUCAACCUCAGCUGCAACGAGUUCUAUGGGGUGCAAAUACCGGAGUUCCUGGGUUCUCUCCACAAGUUGAGAUACAUCGACCUAUCAAGAUCAACCUUCAGCGGAAGGAUUCCACCGCAGCUCGGUAAUCUCUCCAACCUACGAUACUUAAAUCUUGGCUGGGCAGAUUACACAUACUCCAUGGAUAUCACUUGGUUGGCCCGAUUAACUUCCCUUGAGCAGCUCGACCUGAGCGGCACGAACCUCAGCACAAUCGUCCAGUGGCUUCCGGUGGUGAGCAUGCUUCCAUCUCUAAAAGUUCUUCGUCUUAGCGACUGCAAUCUUAGAACUGACUCUUCUUCACAUCAGAUUUCAAAUCUGACUUCUCUUGAAACACUUGACCUUUCCUACAAUUUCUUCAAUACAAGUAUCACACCCAACUGGUUUUGGGGUUUGACUAGCCUCAAGUAUCUAGAUAUCUCAUGGAAUGGUCUCUAUGGCCAAUUUCCGGACGAGAUAGGCAAUAUGACCUCCAUAGUAAGGCUUGAUUUACAAAUGAAUAACCUUGUGGGCAUGAUAUCAUCCAACCUACAGAACCUAUGUAGCUUGGAAAAAUUCUAUGCACGUGGAAACAACAUCAGUGGAAGCAUAACAGAAUUCUUUCUGCGCUUGCCUAGUUGUUCAUGGAAUAAGUUGACAUACAUGUCUCUACCUUCCAACAAUUUGACAGGAAGCCUACCAACCAAACUAAAACCCUUAAGCAACCUGACCGGCAUUAUUCUUGGUAGUAACAAGCUCACUGGUCCUGUGCCACUUUGGAUAGGAGAGCUCACGAAGCUGACUGAAUUGGACUUGAGCAACAAUAACCUGGAGGGUUUCAUAAAUGAAGGACAUUUAUCAGGCCUUGAAAGCUUGGAAAAGUUGUGGCUGUCUAAUAAUUCCAUAGCCCUCGUACUGAAUUCGACGUGGGUUCCUCCUUCCAAUCUAACAGAUAUUGGACUUCGGUCAUGCCUUCUUGGGCCAAAAUUUCCAUUGUGGCUUAGAUGGCUAACACGUCUAGACAAUCUUGAUAUCUCAAACACGAGCAUAUCUGACAAGGUGCCAGAUUGGUUUUGGGUAGUGGCUUCCACUGUGAGAACUCUGAAUAUUCGACAUAACCAAAUUAUCGGUUCUUUACCAUCUACAAUGGAACAUAUGAAAGCAACUGCAAUUGAUCUCAGUUCUAACCAGUUCAAUGGCCCAAUACCUAAGCUUCCCAUUAGUCUGAGUGAGUUGGAUCUUAGUAGAAACAAUUUAGUUGGGCCACUACCAUCAGACUUUGGAGCACCGAGUCUAACAAGACUGAUUCUAUUUGACAACUCCAUCUCUGGCACAAUUCCUUCUUCAUUGUGUAAACUGCGAUUACUACUUCUGUUGGAUAUCUCCGAAAAUAAGCUAACUGGACAAAUUCCUGAUUGUGCUGCUAUUACCUCUGAGACAAACAUAACAAGUAUGAGUAUCAACAAUCUAAGCUUGAGAAACAACAACCUCUCGGGUGAAUUUCCUUCAUUUCUCCAAGACUGCCCGCAACUCUCCUUUCUUGAUCUUGCACACAACAAUUUCGUUGGAACUUUGCCAACAUGGAUAGGGGAUAAAUUGCCAUAUUUGGCUUUCUUGCGACUACGAUCGAAUAAGUUUUAUGGUCGCAUUCCGGAGGAACUUACACAGAUAGUUAAUCUUCAGUAUUUGGACCUUUCCUACAAUAAUAUGACGGGGAUCAUACCUAAAUCUAUUGUUAACAUCAAAGGGAUGAUACUAAUGCAAGAUUACGAUGAUUCAUUUCAUCGUGCUUUCCGUUAUGGAGAGUCGAUUAUUGGUCCUGGUGACAUGAUCACAUAUACCGAGAAUUUCACGGUAGUCACAAAGGGCCAAGAGAGAUUAUAUACAGGAGAGAUCAUAUAUAUGGUGAAUCUUGAUUUAUCAUAUAACAAUCUUAUUGGAGAUAUUCCCGAAGAAAUCGGCAGUCUUGUCGAAUUGAAGAACCUAAACUUAUCAUGGAACACCUUCAGCGGAAAAAUUCCUGCGAAUAUUGGCGCCUUGGCGCAAGUGGAGUCACUCGACCUAUCACACAAUGAGUUGUCCGGUGGAAUCCCUGCCAGCUUAUCGACUCUCACAUCAUUAAGUCACUUGAACCUGUCCUACAACAACCUGACAGGAGAGGUACCAUCUGGAAAUCAACUGCAAACACUUGAGGAUCCAGAAUCUAUUUAUAUUGGCAACCCGGGCCUCUGCGGGUCUCCCUUGUCGCAGGAAUGUUCACAACCCGAGCCAACUCCGGCUACCGUGGAACACCAUGAAGAUUUGAACGAUGUGGUCUUGUUUUUCAUCGCGAUGGGUUCUGGAUAUGUAAUGGGACUCUGGGUAGUCUUCUGCACCUUCUUGUUCCAGAGGAAAUGGAGAGUUAAGUGGUACUCCAUUUGUGAUGGCUGGUAUGACCGGGUCUAUGUGCAAGUGGCAGUUACAUGGGCUUCUUGGACAAGGAAAAAAUGUGCAGAAGCUGAGAGCGAUCACUAGCUCACGCUGGUUUUCCUUUUGCUAUCAUGUAGAGUGUGGGGAUUUUACCAUGUAUGAAUGUAUAGCACCGUGCUACUUUUUUUUUCCACAGAUACAUGUAUUUGAGGAUUAUGCUGUAGAAUAAGGUUUGGAUAUGUAAAGUUGAUGUGUAAUGAAUAAUGCCAGGGGUAGAACCGGAUCCCCUGUUUCGGGUGUGUGUGUCAAUGUGUUUAGUUAACUGAUUCUCAAGCUCUCAAUCCAACCAAUCAUGUCUGU